ACUGGCCCCACUCAACUCAUCACAUAAAGCCACUAUAUAUUAUAGUUCUAUUUUCCAAAGUAACAUGCAGACAUAUCAUGCUAAAGAGGUGUAGACUGAUUAGAGGUAUGCCAAAGCUACAGUUGCACCAGCUGCAGGGUCCUGGACCGGGACCUCGCUGACCUCACCUCACUGGCCUAUGAGCGAUGGAGGAGCCCGUCGGCACCACAGGUGGAGCGGAGGACAGGGGUCUCGCUGGACUGGACCCCACAGAUUCCACUUUCAACGGUCCUCCUGUCUGUUGACUUCAAAGCCUGGCCCGGGAUGGCACGUUAGAGUCGGGACAUCACCUCACAGCCUGAACUGGAAAAGAUCCAUCCGGACCCAGAGAACGUCUCCUUUUUAGGAAUAUGCACUUAUAGACUCUGAUUUUUACGGAAUCUGAAAAAAAUGCCAGCCACAGGAGACAUGCUGGUGGUUGUCGGCCUUUUUGUCAUCUUAGGAUGCGCACGCGCGCAAACGUUACCAAAUUUUGAUCUCCUGGAGGAGUUUCGGGUAUCCGAGUCGAGAGGAGUGAAACGUGUUGAUGGUUCGGAACCGGAGGCGGUGGCUUACCGUGUCAACCCUGCCAUCCACCUGCAGAAGACCAUGAGAGACGUCUACCCUGAUGGCCUUCCCUCCGACUAUUCCGUCAUCGCAACUUUCAAGUUGACCAAGACGCGAUCAGAACUCUGGAACCUGUGGCAAGUCAGUGACCCGGACGGUCGGGAGCAAGUGGGCCUACGUUUCCAGGGGGAUACGUCCUCGCUGGGACUUCUUCUAUAUCAGUCCCCGCGGAGCCAGAUGCUGAGAACCUUCCGCGGCGUGGGGAAGCUGUUUGAUGGCGAGUGGCACAAGUUGGCGCUGAGCGUGAAGGGCAGCCAGGUGAAGCUGCUCAUAGAUUGCGAGGAGGUCAGCGUGGAGUCCAUCGAUGAGCCCAUGCCGGUCAUUCGUAGUGGGUACACCUCCAUCGUCAAGCGAGCUGCACGGGAUCGCUCGGUCUCAGUGGACCUCCAGCAGAUGGAUGUGUCAUGUGACCCAGAGAAGGCCUACUCCGAAGGCUGUUGCGAACUGUCCAACGUGUGUGGAGGUUACGCGGAGAUUGGCCUGACAGCCGGUAGAGCGUCUUGCAAAUGCAUGCACGGACAGCCAGGUAUCCAAGGACGUCCAGGGCCAAUGGGUCACAUAGGCCUUCCCGGAGAGCUUGGGGAUCGAGGAAGACAAGGAAACUGGGGCAUCAGGGGAAACACGGGAGACUACGGCAACGUUGGGGAGCCGGGCCAUAAGGGUGAAAUAGGAAGCAAAGGAGAGAAAGGAAUGAGAGGACUUUGGGGCCGUGUGGGAGAGCGAGGUCCUAAGGGACUGAAAGGAUUAAAAGGUGCUGCAGGCUUCAAGGGUGUUCGCGGAGGCUCAGGAGACAUCGGAAAUACCGGGAGGCAGGGAGAAGUUGGCAGUAAAGGUGAACGAGGAUAUGAAGGAAUCGCUGGCUAUGAAGGAGUUAAGGGUGAGAAAGGGAGCACUGGUCCAGAAGGGAAUCCUGGCCCGCGAGGAACGUCGGGCAUUGUGGGAGAUCCAGGAGAGAGAGGGGCUGCUGGACAGAAGGGGAAGCCCGGUGUCACAGGACCUCAGGGUAGAAGUGGCACCAUAGGACCAAAGGGCAUUGUUGGAGAUCCUGGGAUACCUGGUAGAGAUGGAGACCCAGGAAUAGAGGCUUAUCAAGGCCCACAAGGCAACAGUGGAAAACUGGGACUAGGUGGCACAAAGGGCGAGAAAGGUACCUUCGGGACACCGGGAGAAAUGGGACUUCAAGGCCGAACUGGCCCAAGAGGUUACAAAGGCUCUGCGGGGAAACCAGGCAGACCCGGAUUCAUUGGACCACCGGGACCUAAUGGACAUGUGGGAGUGGCUGGAAAACAAGGGAGCAAGGGCGAUACAGGAAUCCCCGGAAUUCAAGGAGUCAAAGGUGCACUGGGAGAAAAAGGUGUGAAAGGCCCCAAAGGAAGGGUUGGAGACAGAGGGGAGCCGGGUCCUCAGGGAGGACGGGGAAAGCGCGGCCCAGCUGGCCCAGACGGACGCUCGGGUCCCGUGGGAGUCAAAGGAGUGCGAGGUGAAGGAGGACCAGAUGGAUUUCAGGGCCCACCAGGACCACCGGGUCCAACACUGCCGGCUCAACACGUGAUCGAGGUUUGCAAGAAAGUGGUCCUGGAGCAGAUGUCCACCUUCGCCAACUCCAUCAAGAGGACGUGCGCCGCGGUGUGUCCUCUCUAUGGAGAUGUUCCCAUGGGAGCUCCCGGUCCGCCCGGACAGAAAGGCCCACCCGGACCUCCUGGUGACACUGGGAGAAACGGCGAAACUGGAGAAGUCGGCCGGCCAGGAUUUUAUGGUGAAGCUGGAGAUCCGGGCCAGCUCGGAGCGCCAGGUGACAGAGGAGAGCAAGGUGAUAAAGGAGCCAAGGGUCACGGCCUACCUGGCUACACCGGGGAGCAGGGAAAAAUGGGUCAGCGUGGACGUCUUGGCCGGGUGUUUAAUGGCCAACCAGGGAAGCCUGGUGAACGAGGACACGCGGGCCUGGCUGGAAUCAGGGGCCACCCGGGUCUCCGAGGGCCCCCCGGUACGUGCCUCACCACUGGGUGCGCGCUGCUCACCGCUACGACUCCAGCACCCCGGCCAGCACCUCAGGCUGCACCUCCUCGAAGGUUGAGGAACCGCCAGUAGUGGGGAAAAAGUGGACAGAGUGAUUAUUGAAAGGACCAAAAGGUGUUGGAUUCGAACUUGUGUUAAUAUGGUUUCAGUCAUAUAAAUGCCAUUUUUAAACAUGUAAAUAUUCCUGCUAACUGAAGCUCAGAUGCUGGACAAAUGAACAGAUUCCCACCCAAGUAACAAAAAUAUGUAGCGGCAAUCUAUGUAUAAAAAUGCAAUCUUUUCUUAUUUAAAUGAUUUCACAAUCAACGUUUUCUUGAAACAUCUGUUCUUUAUAAUAAAAAUCAAAAAAAUUGGA